AGGGGCGGGUGCGAGGCGCGGGCAGAGGGCGCGGCGCCCGGGCUGUCGCGAGCCGCGGCUCGGGCUCGGGCUCCGGCGAGGCGCGGAGGGGCGCGCCGGGCGGCCGGGGCCACGCCGCUCCCUCCGCUCGGCAGCCCGCGCGGGCGGACCGGAGCCCGGGCGGGGCGGCAGCGGGCGCGGCGCGGGCGCGGGUCCCGGAGCCGAGGGUCGCGGAGGGCGGCGCCGGAGUUGGGGGUCCCAAAGUUUUGUCCCCCGCCACCCUGGCGGCGCUGGGCUGCGCCGGCUCGCGCCCCUCCUCCGCCCCGCGCCCGGCUCGGGGCGCCGCGCAGACCCCCGCCCGCCGCGGCACUCGGCGCCGGAGUGACUUGAGCACCAGUUUUCUGCGGAAUUUCCAGUUGGGGCGCCGGUAGGUCCGCGCCGUUUGCCGGGCAAGGAGGCGUCUCUCCACCGCCCCCCGGCUGGCCGGCUGCGGGGCGCGGGGGCACGUCGGUGGGCUUGGUCCCCCUUGGGAUGGUCAGGAACCGUUCGGAUCUGCUGCCUCUCUCGUCGCCGGUCCUCUCUGGCUCAUUGAUUCCGUUUGUAGCAUUUUCAGUAAAACACAUGCCUUGAAAACUCGCCGUGGGUCGCUGCGGGGCUCAGUUGCUCCUAGGCACUUGGAGGGCGUCGCGGGGAAGAGUUAAGCCGAAGAGCCGUCGGAGAGGGGCCGAGCCUCUCGGAGCCGCACUUGGCAGCAGGAGUUGGGGACUCCAGAUGCGAUGACACGGAACGUGUGAAACUCCGCGAGUCCAGCGCCCCCCGCCCCCAGCGCGAAGACUUCCUUUUUGCAGUUUUGAGCAGCGCCUCCAAGCCAACCUGUUUUUGUUAUUAAGCCUCUGCCCGUAAAGAAACAGGAAGGCGAGUAACAGCUGUCUUGCUGCAGUGGUUUCCAGUGGAACCGAGGGAGCGGACGGAGAGUGGUCGCAGGAUGGAGUAAGAUUGCUGCAUCUCCUGCGUUUCAAUGCCUGCCCGCAGCUCCAGCGAACCGAUCUGGCUGCGAGAAAAGCCUCAGGAUUUGUUGCGGCAGGUUGUUCAAAAGAUGACUGAGGGAAGAAUCAUAGAUCUUAAGCGGAUGCUGCAUAGACUAAAAUGUAAAGGAAACCUAAUCAAAAUAUUUACUCAACAGUGAACUUGGAGACCAUUAAAAAUAAACUCCCACUUUGAACAUUAUUUGACUGGAUAUCCAGUCACCGAUGUAUAUUCAGGAUGAGUGGGUUAGGAGAAAAUUUGGAUCCACUGGCCACUGACUCACGAAAACGCAAAUUGCCAUGUGAUACUCCAGGACAGGGUCUUACCUGCAGUGGUGAAAAGUGGAGGCGAGAGCAGGAGAGUAAAUAUAUUGAAGAAUUGGCUGAACUGAUAUCUGCAAAUCUUAGUGACAUCGACAAUUUCAAUGUCAAACCAGAUAAAUGUGCAAUUUUAAAGGAAACAGUAAGACAGAUACGUCAAAUAAAAGAGCAAGGAAAAGCCAUUUCCAGCGAUGAUGAUGUUCAGAAAGCUGAUGUAUCUUCUACAGGACAGGGGGUUAUUGAUAAAGACUCUUUAGGACCACUUUUACUUCAGGCAUUGGAUGGUUUUCUGUUCGUGGUGAAUCGAGAUGGAAAUAUUGUAUUUGUGUCAGAAAAUGUCACACAAUACCUGCAAUAUAAACAGGAGGACCUGGUUAAUACAAGUGUCUAUAAUAUUUUGCAUGAAGAAGACAGAAAGGAUUUUCUUAAAAACUUACCGAAAUCUACAGUUAAUGGAGUUUCCUGGACAAGUGAGACUCAGAGACAAAAAAGCCAUACUUUUAAUUGCCGUAUGUUAAUGAAAACACAUGAUAUUCUGGAAGACAUGAGUACCAGUCCUGAAAUGCGCCAGAGAUAUGAAACAAUGCAGUGCUUUGCCUUGUCUCAGCCACGAGCCAUGAUGGAGGAAGGGGAAGAUUUGCAGUCCUGUAUGAUCUGUGUGGCUCGGCGCAUUACUACAGGAGAAAGAGCAUUUCAGUCAAAUCCUGAGAGCUUUAUUACUAGACAUGAUCUUUCAGGGAAGGUGGUCAAUAUAGAUACAAAUUCAUUGAGAUCUUCUAUGAGACCUGGCUUUGAAGAUAUAAUCCGAAGGUGUAUCCAGAGAUUUUUCAGUCUUAAUGAUGGCCAGUCAUGGUCCCAGAAACGUCAUUAUCAAGAAGCUUAUAUUCAUGGCCACGCAGAAACCCCAGUGUAUCGAUUCUCGUUGGCUGACGGUACCAUAGUGACCGCACAAACAAAAAGCAAGCUCUUCCGAAAUCCUGUAACAAAUGAUCGUCAUGGCUUUGUCUCAACCCACUUCCUUCAGAGAGAACAGAAUGGGUAUAGACCAAACCCAAAUCCUGUAGGACAAGGCAUUAGACCUCCUGUAGCCGGAUGCAACAGUUCUGUAGGAGGCAUGAGCAUGUCGCCAAACCAAGGGUUACAGAUGCUGAGCAGCAGGGCUUACGGCUUGGCAGACCCCAGCUCCACAGGGCAGAUGAGUGGAACGAGGUAUGGGGCUUCCAGUAACAUAGCCUCAUUGACCCCGGGGCCAGGCGUGCAGUCGCCAUCCUCCUACCAGAACAAUAGCUACGGGCUCAAUAUGGGCAGCCCCCCACGUGGCAGUCCAGGUCUUGGCUCCAGCCAGCAGAGUAUCAUGAUUUCUCCUCGUAAUCGUGGGAGCCCGAAGAUGGCGUCACACCAGUUUUCUCCUGUUGCAGGUGUGCACUCUCCCAUGGGGUCUUCUGGCAACACUGGGAGCCACAACUUCUCCAGCAGUUCUCUCAGCGCUCUGCAGGCCAUCAGCGAGGGUGUGGGCACCUCCCUUUUAUCCACUCUGUCUUCACCAGGCCCCAAAGUGGAUAACUCGCCUAAUAUGAAUGUAACACAGCCAAGUAAAGUGACCAGUCAAGAUUCCAAGAGCCCCCUAGGCUUGUACUGUGAUCAGAAUCCAGUGGAGAGUUCAAUGUGUCAGUCCAAUACCAGAGAUCACCUCAAUGACAAAGAAAGUAAGGAGAGCAGUGGUGAAGGGUCAGAGACUCAAAGGGGCCCUUUGGAAAGCAAAGGUCAUAAAAAGUUGCUGCAGUUACUUACCUGCUCUUCUGAUGACCGAGGUCGUUCUUCCUUGACCAACUCCCCUUUGGAUUCAAAUUGUAAAGACUCUUCUGUUAGUGUCACCAGCCCCUCUGGAGUCUCCUCCUCAACAUCAGGAGGAGUGUCCUCCACCUCCAAUAUGCAUGGGUCACUGUUGCAAGAAAAGCACCGGAUUUUGCACAAGUUGCUGCAGAAUGGGAAUUCACCAGCCGAAGUAGCCAAGAUUACUGCAGAAGCCACUGGGAAAGAUACCAGCAGUACUCCUUCUUGUGGUGAAGGAAAUGUCAAGCAGGAGCAGCUAAGUCCUAAGAAGAAGGAGAAUAAUGCACUUCUUAGAUACCUGCUGGACAGGGACGAUCCUAGUGACACUCUCUCUAAGGAAUUACAGCCCCAGGUGGAAGGGAUGGAUAAUAAAGUGGGUCAGUGCAGCAGCUCCACCAUUCCUAGCUCAAGUCAAGAGAAAGACUCUCAAAUUAAGACAGAAGCAAAUGAAGAGGGAUCUGGAGACUUGGAUAAUCUUGAUGCUAUUCUUGGUGAUCUGACUAGUUCUGACUUUUAUAAUAAUCCCAUAUCCACAAAUGGCAGUCAUCUGGGGACCAAGCAGCAAAUGUUCCAAGGAACAAAUUCCCUGGCAGGUUUGAGAAGUCCACAGUCCAUGCAGUCUUCUCGUCCUCCAUAUAGCCGUGCAGUGUCUCUCGAUAGCCCUAUUUCUGUUGGCACAAGUCCUCCAGUAAAGAAUAUCAGUGCUUUCCCCGUGCUUGCAAAGCAACCUAUGCUGGGCGGGAAUCCAAGGAUGAUGGAUAGUCAGGAAAAUUAUGGCCCAAAUAUGGGUGGACCAAACAGAAAUGUGACCCUGAACCAAUCUCCCUCUCCAGACUGGGGCUUACCAAACCCAAAGGCCAGUAGAGUGGAACCUAUGAGUUCUAACUCCAUGGGAAGACCAGGAGGAGAUUACAGUGCUUCUCUACCCAGACCUGCAAUGGGGGGCUCCAUGCCCACUUUGCCUCUUCGGUCUAAUAGUGUACCAGGUGCAAGGCCAAUGUUGCAGCAGCAGCAACAGCAGCAGCAGAUGCUUCAAAUACGGCCUGGUGAGAUUCCCAUGGGAAUGGGGGUCAAUCCCUAUGGCCAAGCAGCACCACCUAAUCAACCAGGUUCCUGGCCAGAUGGCAUGCUGUCCAUGGAACAAGGGCCUCAUGGGCCUCAAAAUAGACCUCUUCUCAGGAAUUCCCUGGAUGGUCUCCUGGGGCCACCUUCUAACCCAGAAGGCCAGAGUGAUGAGAGAGCACUGUUGGACCAGCUGCACACGCUCCUGAGCAACACAGACGCCACAGGCCUGGAGGAAAUUGACAGAGCUUUGGGGAUCCCUGAACUUGUGAAUCAGGGACAAACUUUGGAGCCCAAACAAGAUGCUUUCCAAGGCCAAGAAGCAGCAGUGGUGAUGGAUCAGAAGGCAGCUUUGUAUGGGCAGACGUACCCAGCACAGGGGCCUCCAAUGCAAGGAGGCUUCAAUCUUCAGGGACAGUCACCGUCUUUUAACUCAAUGGUGACUCAGAUGAACCAGCAAGGCAGUUUCCCUCUCCAAGGAGUGCACCCCAGAGCCAGCAUGAUGAGAGCCCGGACAAACACUCCCAAGCAGCUUAGGAUGCAGCUGCAGCAGAGGCUGCAGGGCCAGCAGUUCUUGAAUCAGAGCCGGCAGGCGCUUGAAAUGAAAAUGGAAAAUCCCGCUGCUGCUGCUGCUGCUGCUGCUGCUGCUGCUGCAGUGAUAAGGCCCAUGAUGCAGCCCCAGCAGGGCUUCCUAAAUGCCCAGAUGGUGGCCCAGCGCAGCAGAGAGCUGCUGACUCACCACUUCCGGCAGCAGAGGGUGGCGAUGAUGAUGCAGCAGCAGCAGCAGCAGCAACAGCAGCAGCAACAACAGCAGCAGCAGCAGCAGCAGCAGCAGCAGCAGAGCCAGGCCUUCAGCCCACCCCCAAAUGUGACCGCUUCCCCCAGCAUGGAUGGGGUUUUGGCAGGACCCGCGAUGCCGCAAGCUCCACCGCAGCAGUUUCCAUAUCCACCAAAUUACGGAAUGGGACAACAACCAGAUCCAGCUUUUGGCCGAGUGUCUAGUCCUCCUAAUACAAUGAUAUCAUCAAGAAUGGGUCCCGCUCAGAAUCCCAUGAUGCAGCAUCCGCAGACUGCACCCAUGUAUCCAUCCUCAGAAAUGAAGGGUUGGCCAUCAGGAAAUGUGGCCAGGAACAGCUCCUUUCCCCAGCAGCAGUUUGCCCACCAGGGGAAUCCUGCAGCAUACAGCAUGGUGCACAUGAAUGGCAGCAGUGGUCACUUGGGACAGAUGAGCAUGAAUUCCAUGCCCAUGUCCGGCAUGCCCAUGGGUCCUGAUCAGAAAUAUUGCUGACAACUCUACACCUGGGCCUCUGAGGAAAUCACUGAACAGGUGACACUGCCCUAGGAUCAUCGGAGGUAAAGACCCAUUGUUCAGGCAUGCAGCUCUGAAGCAAGGACCAGCUUUGAUCUUCGUCAGGGGUUUUCCAAGUGAUGUUGUCUGAGCAGGACUGGAUCUGAAGCUGCAGCGCAAUAUCUACCUGUUCCCCCGUCCCCUACUUCUGUAUAUCAUGGUAUUCAAAACAAAUACUUUUGGCAUUCUGCCUCCUAGGGAUGUGAAUAUGAAGAUAUGGAGUGUUUAUUACAAAACUCCUGUGUCCCUUCCUUCUGCCUUGCUAGCCAGUCUUUCAGACAAUGUCAGUGGACCAGAGAGCAUGGGAGAAGCCAGGAGCCAUCAGAACCCCUGGUUUUUUAGUUGCAGUAUUGGACAAAGCAUAGUCCCAGUUCUCAAGUGUUUCUGUCACCACCAGUUUCCUGUUGACCAUUGUCCAGUGGAAUUGUCAUUCAAGUCCUGUCCUUCACUGAUGGUGUCAAGUUGCUUUGUCCCUUUCUUCGUUGUCCUAGGCUUUCUCCUAAUGAAGAUGUCCAUUUGGCCCUCAUGUCCUGUAACACUUCACCUCCAGGGUUUGUCAUGGGUGAUCAGUGGCUUUGCAGAAGGGAAAAUGAGAUGACAGUAUUUAACGGCAGCAGUGGCAAACUUUUCAUAUGCUAACGUGCAGCUGAGUGCACUUUAUUGAAAAAGUAAUGGAGAAAUGCAAUAUUCCCGAGGUCUUGAGGAACGAGGAGCCACAUUCCUGGUUUUGUCCACAGUAUUCUACUGGACAAGAACUAUGAUUUUUUUUUUUUUUUUUAAAGUACUGGUGUCACCCUUUGCCUAUAUGGUGGAGCAAUAAUGCUUUUUGAAAAUAAACUUCUGAAAACCCAAGGCCAGGUACUGCAUUCUGAAUCAGAAUUUCGCAGUGUUUCUGUGAAUAAGUCUUUUUUUUGUAAAUAUGACCUUUAAGAUAUUGUAUUAUGUAAAAUAUGUAUAUAUCUUUUUUUUGUAGGUCACAACAACUCAUUUUUACAGAGUUCAUGAAGCUAAAUAUUUAACAUUGUUGAUUUCAGUAAACUCUGUGGUGAGGCUCCGAACAGAAGAGACGCCCUGUCUCAUGGCCUGGGGGGGACAGUAGCCCACGCUUCCUCCCCCAGCCUUAGAUGCCUCACAUUGUUCAAUCUCUUAAUCUAAAUGCUUUUUAAGGAGGUCAUUUGUUUAGAUGUAGGCAUUUAAAAAAAUUUUUUUUAGCUCCUCUACCAGAGAACUAAGCACUUUCUUUUGGGGGAAAGAAUAGAUAUGGGAAAAUAAAAAAUAUCAGGAAUUUAAGCAACUUGAUUUAAAAAGAAUCUUUUGGAUUUUAAGCAGUCUAUAAAUUAACAACUCCUCCUUUCCCUUUUUUCAUUUAAACUGUGUAUGUUGCCUUUUCAUCCAUUUUAGGAGUGCUCUAAGAAAUUGGCCGCUGGGACCUGAAUCCCACACUGACAUCGCAGGAGUCAGGUCCCUGGGGUGGUUUCUGGUGUCUGCUCAGCUGUCUCGUCCCUGCUAGUCUGCUGUCACUGCUUCCCUGAGUUAGGACAGUGUCACGGCUAUUUCUUCAGGAGCUCAGUAUCCAGAGCAGCCAGUUUUGCUGUGGCUCAGCCAGUCUUUUCCCUCCCUGCUGCUACUUUGUGCCCUUGUCUCUCCUUGAUCCCUGUCCUAGUCAUUCUGGAGUAGGGGGAAAAAAAAUCAAGUUUAAUUCCCUUUAUCCGGGUUAUGUUUUUGGGUUCAAACAGUUGAAUAAAUUGGGUUUUUGGGCAUCUAUGAAUUUCAAACUGUCUCUGCUAGCCUUGGUGUCAUUUUCUAGCAAUAACUGAGAGCCAGUUGAUUUUUUUUCUUUUUUAACUUUCAUACUUUUAGCCAACCUUUUUAGAUGUCUCUUUAGAUAAGAUCAUUUAAUUUUCUUUGACAUACUUGAAUAAGUGAAGCCCGAUAUUUCUAGAACCACCACUAGAGUGGAUUUUAUUUUCUCAACAGUGUAUAGACCAUCAUGAGUUUGCUCUUCUCACUUGCCUCUCCCCAGAUUAAAAAUAAAUCUGACUGUAAAUCUGUAAACUUCCACCUGUUGGCCUGUGCUUUCCAGACGACAUCUUCUCCUGUGUGGAGACAGCCACAGCCAAGAGAGUCUUUCUCAGUCCCGUGGUUUUAGGGGUGUCUGAACUUUCCUCAUUCAAAUUAUAUAUCUGGGGAGGACAGAAUGGUGCUCCUACCUCUCUUGACUUUUAAAAAUUAGUUGAAACCAAACUUUCUUUUUUUCAGUCCUGACUGUAGGCUGACUGGAAGGCAGCAGCACCCACUUUUUGUAUGGGGAAAAUAAUGAGAUUAUAAGUUUUUAUAUUUUUUACUUAUUGAUUUUAUUGGUGCAAACUCAAGAUUUUGGUUUUCUUUUAAGGGAUGCAGUCUUUAAGAUGAUUUGUUGUUUUUAACCUUUAUUGUCCUUUCUCUUUCUUGGAUGAUUCUUUUUGUACUCCUGCUGCCUACCUCUCUUAAACUGUUCCCCCAGACCCCCCUUUUAAACCUAGGUAUCUGUUGGGUAAACAGUAUAUCUUUUCAUCUGCUUUUAGGAUGUGGGAUAUUUCCAGUACCUACUUUUUUGCUGAAUCCAAAGAUUAUAUAAAUAAAAAAUAUAUUUUAUGAAGAUCAGAAUGAUAUAAAGGAGAUACAUGUUUCUUCCUUUAAAAAAUAGAAGUUGCAUUGUUAAUGUUAUGAUGCCAUAACAUUUUUCUAAGUUGUGCAUCUGGAUUGAAAGGUGUAAAUAUCAUAAACAGUCCUGGUUUAUCAGUAUUGACUAUCUAAGGUGAGUUUGGGGGUACAUAGGGUUGUGCACUAUGGAAGGUGAGAGUCGGCCUGGUGUCCUCGCUCUUUGGACCAGAGGUAGAGCAGCUGGGCAAUAAGCCUUCCCGGCAUGCCGCUGUCUACUUGCAGAAGCCUGAGUUUUGUUCACGAGUAGGAAAUGCACAGGAGCAGGAACCUGGGCUGGAUACAGCACAGGAUGUGGGUGGUUUCCAGGCCAAGGCGCGGCGGUACUGGAAACCAAGCAGGGUGUUUUCUUUUUCUUCCCUCUUCUCUUUCUUUCUAGUAUAUGGAGUUUUGAAGAAGGUGGAAAUGUCAUUCUGAGAGCAAUAUUUAAAUUCUCAGGAAUUGACUGAAUAGUGUUGAGAAUGAAUUUGGUUUAAUCAAGUUUACAUUUAGUCAUUCUUUACCUUGCAAAGAAUUUAAACUAUGUGGGACGACUCAUGAAGUGGGGGUGGUGAGCUGUGACUGCUUUGCUGACCCUUUUGGAUGUUCUUGUAAAUAAAGGUUUCUAUUUAAAACCGGAGCCUAAGAGCAUGUGUCCCCCACUCUCACAGCUGUUGGAUUAAAGGUGGAAGGGACGGUUGAGGAGCAAUGGUGGCAGUGACUGUGAAUUUACCAGUUUUUUGUUGGUUUUUGCUAGGGCGCCUGGGCCUGUGGGGGCCCUGAAAAGCCUGGGACUGCUUUACAGAGCGUGGGCUCAGAGGUCCUCUGUCGAGAGGCCGGUCGGUCUGGGGGGCUCCUCCUCCUCCUGUUCUCGAACCCUGACCACCACCUGCACCAGGUUAUACUACCUGGUACGCGAAGAAGGGUUUGAGAAGGUGAGCUGCUGUCCUGUAGCUGCUGUCACGUGAGGCCUACCUGUGAGGUCCCUUCAAGAAUGGUAGAUUUUAGUCAGUUUAUAACCGUCCCUUCUCUAAAAAAUCCUUGAACUUCAAGGCGUCUCCAUCCAAAAAGGUAUGGCUGGUGGUAUCCUUAAAAGACAAAAACAAGCACUGCAAUGAAACCUCCCAAGAAUAGCCUUUUACAAAAUGUCAAAGACUUCUUCAUCCCAGCCGCCAGUCAUCAGCCGGAAUCAUGAACACAGCAAGACAAUACUACAAAAUUCUUACAAAUACAG